AUGGCUAACUAUCAGGAAGAUGAUAUGGACCUUCCCAAUACACAGAUUUUGGAUGACAGAGUUCUCAAAGAUGUUGUAGCCUAUGUAGAAGUACGAUCUACCAAUGACAAUAGAACAAAAGCUAUAUGUAAGGAGCUUGAGAAUCUUGGGGCCAUGAUUAAAAAGACGUUCACAGAUGAUGUAACACAUGUUGUGUACAAAGAAGGCUGUAAAAGGACGAGGACAAAAGCCCAGAAAAGAGGUGUUUACCUUGUGUCCGUCCUCUGGGUUGACAGUUGUAAACAAAAUCAAGAACAUGUAUCAGAGAGACUUUAUCCAGCUACACUUCCAGAUGACAAGUCCACACCCAUACUUCUCACAAAACUCAAGAAAAUGAAGUCAAUGCAGCCACGAGAUUUUGAUGAAGAUGUUGCCAAUAGUGCAGAACGCUGUACAAAGCGGAAACGUAAGGUGGAACUUCUCAAGAUAGGGAAAGAUAGUACUCCCUGUAACUCUCCUGGCCUUGGAGGAAUCCUUGUUAUGGAGACACAGCCACGGUCACCAGAGGAGAUUCCCACCCCUCUAAGACUGACAAUUCCAGACACACCUCCCAGCAUGAGAGCCAGAUUAAAGGAGCUCAGGAAGAAUAAUGAUUCCAACCUGCCUGAUACAUCUCUCAGUAAAGAAGCAGAUCAAAUGACUGGAGAUAAGCCGUUAAUCAGGAAGCUGUUCAACACUAGUGAGGUUAAUAUGGAGGUGGAGGAAGAAGAUCCACUGAUGGUGUUAAACAGAGCAAAAUCAAUCAACAAAACAGUACCUGAUGAGGACAGCAGCACACAAGUAUCAGCUUCUUUAGCUGCUCUGGAGACAUCAAAAUUAACAACGUCAAGGAGGACAAGUAAUCGUCGUAAAUCAAUGUCUUCAGAAAAGUUUUCAGAGAAAGAUAGUAUGGAUUUGUCUACAAGAUCAUCCCGACGUCGAAAGUCAAUUGCUGUGACAUCUUUUAACAUGGACAAUAAAGUACCAGAAGGACUGCAAGACGAAGCCACAAACCCUGAAAAUAAACAUGCCUCAAAUGUUGUACAAAUACACCACGAAGAUAUAGCUCCUGUUAGUACUGAAGAAAAUAUGGCCAAGUGUAAAUCAUCUGACAAAAAUACUCCUGAAAUAAAACAGAAAAUAACUGAUUUUAAGUGCAACAAGGCAACAGCUAAAGGUCGUAGAAAAUCUUUGGUUGAUAAAAAUAAUACCACACAACUCACUGUUAAGGAUGUUUCUUGUGGUGGUAGAGAUUCCUCUAUCAGCAUAGCCAAUGAAGAAGAUGGGAGCAUUAGAGAUGGAGGAAGAAUAUCGGACCCCUCCCCUGUUGAAAGGAGCAUAGCCAAUGUAAAGGCUGGGGUGAGUAGACGUAGAAGUCGGGUAUCGGAUCCCUGUACAGGAGUCACAACUACAAAGAAAGCAUCUGCCCUUCCCUCAAGGAGGGGACAAAGGAAGUCUGUAACAUUUUCCACCUCAAAAGCUAGUAUCAUUGAUCAGGAGUCUGCUGGUAAAAAGUCUACUGAUGAUGAGCAACAAUACUCAAACAUUUCCAAGAUUGAUACAGAUCGGGCUAGUGUAAAUGUUGUUGAUGAUUCACAUACUAGUAGUUCAGCUGUUAAUGAUGAAAAAUCAAAUUUUAAUUUUCCCAGUGUAGGGGAGGGGUUCUCUGAUAAGUCUGAUGAUAACCUAAGUCCUCCCGUGGCAACUGGUGAUAACAUUAGAACAAAACUGCAACCAAAGAAAGAGAGAAUCUCCAAGAAAAAGAUGUUGAUGUCACAAGAUAGCAUGCCUAGCUCAUUUCUGAUUGAACCAACAAUGAAAUCAGAUAAAGUACUUCCAACCCUUCUAGAUAACUAUCCUAAAGAAUUGGCAAGUGUUGUGGGGCAGAAGAGAAAAGUUACAAUGGAAGAAGGUAAUAAGGAAUCGCAUAAAAAGUCGAGGAAGGGCAGCAGAUCUGAAACCCAGCAACCACAAGCUAGUGAUAUGUUUUCAGAUAGUGAUGACAGUGAUAAGUCGGAAAGACAUGUUGCUCCUGUCAGAAACAUAAUGAGAGAAAUAUUAGAGAAUAACAGUGCUUUGAGUGCAUCAGGUAUACAGACUGAGUCUGUUUUACAGACAACUGGUCCUCAUGGUAUGUCCUUGUCAACAGUGUUUGGGGACGAGACCAUGACUACCUCUGUCUGUGGUUUUGCACCACCAAGACCCAGCAUUGACGAAUUCAACCUGAAGAAGAUUAAGUCCCACAACAAGACGAGGAAGAAAGCAUUAUCUGAGUCAUCAGUGGGCAAAUACAAGAAAAAGUGUAGUGAUAGUGAAAAAUCAAGUAGUGAUAGUGAUGGAACUGGAAAAUCUCAAACCAAGGUCCUUGGAGAUGUAGGGUCUUCCUUCAGACGCAGUCCACAUAGACCUUCCAUUGUCAUGACAAGUUUACACUCACAUGAACAGGACAGUGUCAUCGCCAUUGUGAAAAAUAUUGGUCACUUUGUAAUCUCUGACAAUGUUUCUGAUACCACCAGUCAUGUAAUAUGUGGCGGUCCUCGACGCACCCUCAACCUGUUGUAUGCUGUGUCUAGGGGCUCCUGGAUACUCCACCAAAAAUGGGUUUACGAUUCACUGGAUGCUGGUCAAUGGUUACCAGAAGAGGAAUAUGAGGUGACCGAUUGGUUUCCAUCUGUCAAGGUUGCCCGACUACAAAAAGAAAGUUUGAAGGAGAACUACAAGUCAACACUGUUUUCAGGUGAAGGGAUAAUGUUCGUGGCACAGAAAACUUCCCCACCAAGGUCACAUCUUUGUGCUCUCAUCAAACUUUGUGGUGGGCAGGUAACAAUGUCUACAUCGAAGGCCCAGAUAAUUGUAGGUAACGAUUUCUACCCUGACAGGACCAGUGUUUCACCUCUCUGGAUUCUAGAUUGUAUCAUACAGCAGAGAUUAGAGCCCAUGGAGGCCUACCUUCAAGGUAGACCCAAACGUGAUAGUAGUCCAGAGUUUUAAUACAAGCCUAAAGAUGGCAUUAUUCAAUGCAGGCUCUUACAUGGCUGAAGGUUAAGAACAAACAAUUGAAGAUACUCGUCACAAAUGGGAUCUGGCAUGUCCAGAGAUUUAGUACAAUCAAAAAGAGGUGAACUCAGAGAGAUUUGGAGAUAGAGUACAGGCAAAAGGAGGCACUCAUCUAGGUGAACUCAGAC